ACAACCGGGCUGGAGCCGGGGGGUGGAAAGCUCGGACUGGUGGCCACUGGGAGCAGAUCGCGGUGGAUAAAUAGCGAGUCCGCUCCCUGGCGCGAGCAGUGUCUGCAGGGAGAUGGGCAAGCGGGUCUAAGCAGCAGCAGCCUGCUCCAUCUCUUGGUUGGUUGGUUGGGGUUUUUUUCCUCCCCCCCAAAAAAAAUCCUCGAGGCAGCCCUAAUUUAAAAUCCAGAGGGUGAGUGGAAAAUGCACUUCUUUUUUUUUUUUGGUCUUUCAAGUAGCAAUCUGAGUUUGAACCCUUGGGUUUGAAGAACGGGGACCCAGUCUGUGCCAGUGCAGUUGCGUCCUUUGCACCCUCCUUAGUCUGACCUUCAGAAGAAGACAGCUCCCAGACUACCUGCUUCCACUCCAUCUGAAUCUAUGACCGGGGGCUCCACCCUAGUCCCACCCUUUGCUUUCCCAUUCCAGAAGAUGGGUUCAUUUCGAAGACCCAGGCCUCGCUUCAUGAGCUCUCCAGUGCUCAGUGACUUGCCACGGUUUCAAGCAGCACGGCAGGCUUUGCAGCUCAGCUCCAACUCUGCAUGGAACAGUGUUCAAACAGCAGUGAUAAAUGUGUUCAAAGGGGGAGGCUUGCAAAACAACGAACUUUACGCCCUCAAUGAAAACAUCAGGCGUCUGUUGAAGAGUGAACUUGGAUCCUUCAUCACCGAUUAUUUCCAGAACCAGCUCCUUGCGAAGGGAUUGCUGUUUAUAGAGGAGAAGGUUAAACUGUGUGAAGGUGAAGAUCGCAUUGAUCUCCUCUCUGAGAUCUGGGAUCACUUCUUCACCGAGACCCUUCCUACGCUCCAAGCGAUAUUCUACCCAGUUCAGGGUCAGGAAUUGACCAUCCGCCAAAUUGCCCUUCUUGGUUUCAGAGACUUGGUCCUGUUAAAAGUGAAGUUGGAAGAAAUUCUUCCCCUGGUCCAGACAAAGAUCCCACCUUCCAUUGUCCAGAUGCUGCUAAUUCUACAGAGUGUCCAUGAACCUACGGGUCCCAGUGAGGGCUACAUGCAGCUGGAGGAUCUGGUUAAGCAGGUGGUCUCACCAUACCUGGGUUUGUGUGAGGAUCACAGCUUCCCUGGUAGCACCUGUGCGCUUGAGAGGCGAUAUUCCAGAUCCUGUGCUAAGACUGGUAUGCUGAGCUACAACUCCCACAUGAUGACUGGUCGGCAGCCCAGCGAAAUGGCUCUGACACCACUCGCAGAACAGGAGGGCGAGGCUUACCUGGAAAAAUGUGGCAGUAUCCGUCGCCAUACUGUUGCCAAUGCCCACUCAGAUAUUCAGCUUCUGGCCAUGGCCUCCAUGAUGCACACAGGGAUGGUAAUAGAAGAAUCGGAUAGCAGUGAUAACUGUCUCCUCCUUCAGCCCAGCUUCAGCCACCGUCAGUGCUCCAGUGAGCCUAGUAUUGCUGACGGGCCAGAAGGACUGGUCACUGUGGACAGGCAAGAGUCUACAGAACUGAACUGCACAUCUGUCGGCUAGGAAGGAUCCUUCCGUGGGAGAAGAGCCAUGCGCCCUAAACUGGACAAUGGCUGUUAUGUUGCUGCUGGAAACAAUGGAGAGAACACAGGCUUUGGGGAUGGAUUUGCUGAUACCAUGGGAAUGGUCUGGGUUCUCUUGUCUCUUUUUGGAAAUGUUCCAAGAUUUUUAUUUAAAAAAAAAAAUUUUUUUUUUUUUUUUGCUUUUUUUUUUUUUGAUCAUUACUUUCCAGAAUCAUUGUCAGUGGAGGUACUACAUUGCUCUCAGCACAGUACUUGGGGCUGCAAGGGUGUCACUGUUAAAUGCCACUUUCUGUCUCCUGUAAGGUUUCUUGUGUGGUGUUGCACUGCUUUCGCCUUGGGUACCAUUCUGUUUUCUGUGAAGGAAAUGAAUCCCCCUCUUUCUCUCUGCCUCAUUUAUUUUUAAUUUUUUUUCCCCCUUCUCUUUUUCUUGUCAUUCCUAACUCAUAAAAUGGAGCCCUAUCCCUCCGAGUGCACCAACAAGUAGAGGGGAUUACACUAAAAAAAUCUCUUUCGUCCUGCCUCGGACUGUGGGAUGGUAAUGACUGGGGUUGCAUUUUUGUUUUAUAUUGUACUCGGGGAUGAAACUUCUUGCAUCUCGCAGAGAACUCAACCCAGCCUUGUGGUUUCUGGAGGGAGAAGGGGAUCUUCUUCCUUCUCUUGGCUCCUGCUGCGUAUAGGGAAGGGGCCUAUUCUGAUGGCCUGAAUUCGAACAAACUGGAGUGGCAGAUGACUUUUCCACCAAGAGUCCGCAUGAGUAGAAUAUGAUGUGUCAGGGGCCCAGUUCAGCCUUUAUGCAAACCCACUAGGAUGUGGGGUGAAACUCUGGGCAGAAUCUACCUAAAGCUUUUGGAGUUUGGCAGGAUGUGUACUGUCAAGAACAUCAGCAUUUUUAGCGUUCCACCAUAAAGAGAAACUGAAACUGGUGGUGUUGGAAAGGAAAGAGGCAUUGUGGUAACCGAGGGUAUACACCUGCAUCGUGAAGGUAGCUUCAAAUGCUUUUUCAAGGCCAGGCCUCCACACUUCUCACCCUAGUACUGACACAGCCCCCAGCUGAAUCCCAUCUUGUAGAUUUUUAUGAAACCAAAGAGCAUCAUUUGGGCUUUGAGACAGGAACUUCUUGCUGCAAAUGGCAAAUCUAUGCCAUUUUUCUGACCUCCCUUUUAUAGCUGGCUGAUCUGACUCUCUUGUUUUAAUCCUUAUCUGUCCAAUUUGCAGCUAGGUACCAUUUAAAAAAAAAAAAAAUUGAAAGCUAAAACUGGGUCAAGUUCUUAAGAGAUGGUAGCAUCUGUCCACAAAACAUUGUACAGUCCUCUGUCUACUUCAUAGCUAUUGUUUGGUACUUAAAUGCUGCUUCCAUGAGAGUGGAGCCAACCUGCUCAAGAAAUCCCCCCUAGAGACUCUGCUGAUGUCUUGCUGAUAAAAUUCUAUGUAGAAUGAUAAACCGAAAGGUGAAUUGAAAUACUGCUUUAAAUAUCAAAUUCCAUGAAAAAGGGAGUGCAACUCCACAACCUUCCCCAAUAGUGGGUAACACAGAUUUCUUAAUAAAUCUGUCCCAAUACUGAACUGAAAGGUAUUUUUACUUGCCAGGACUUGAAUUCAGGGCUCUGUGUGUAUCCUGCCAUAGUUAAUAACCUUGUGUAAGACCUGAUUCUGCAAGACUUGGCACAUACCUUCAUUCCUGUUGUCUCCUUGCCAUCUUUCAGAGCUGGGGUUCGAUGGGUAGAGGAAAUGGAAUUUCUUCCCCGGCUACUGGAAGCACAAGAAAUUCUAAUGUCGAGUCCUAAGCCUUAGACUUUUUGUAAAUGAAAGGACUGCUUUUCAUCCCGUGUUUGAGAAAUGCAGGUAGAUAUAUUUGACAAUGGCCUGUUCCUGUCCCUAGUCAAGGAGACUGGAAUUUAGUUAUGGGCUUUUGCCUCUGAUUACCAUAGGCUUGCUAUUUGAAGAGCAUGGGACUUAGUUGGGUUCUGAACCUGCCAAGAAGAAUACCACAAAAUGCAGAGACCCAGGGGGAGAUGGGCACAGGUGGCUUUAAGCCAACUAUACUUUAGCUGAAUUCUGGGCUGGCUUGCAGGGGGUAAGGGGCAGGGUCAG